AUCUCUGGCCACAAUGUCCUGACGACCGGUCGACUGCCUCCGGCCGCUUGUACUCGCCAGACCGACCGGGAGGCGGUGCAACGACGCCGAAUGCGCCGGCUUGAACGUCAGUUGCAUCGGAGCUCGGAAGCUCAGCGACCUCGGGUCACCGUCGGGCAGGACAUGCCUCAGACGGCACCGGCCGAGGCAAUCGUGACUGCCGGUUCGCCUGAAACCACUUGCGAGAUGAUGCCGCUCAGCAGUCGGCCGAUCACUAUGGAGAUUACGCUUACACGCGGACCGCGUGGCUUCGGAUUCAGUAUCGCCGGUGGCGUGGACAAUCCGUGUCUGGCUGGGCCGGCCGACUGGCUGGACAAGACCGGCGCCAUUUACGUAACUCGUAUUAAUCCGGGAGGUGUUGCUGAAUCCGCGGGGGGACUGAAGUAA